UGCAGGGCAGCCGCCAUGAGCCUGGUGGCCUGCGAGUGUCCCCCCGGCCCCGGGCAGGAGCCCGAGCCCUGCUCGCGAGCACCGUCCCAGGCCCGUGUGUACCUGGAGCAGAUCCGCAACCGGGUGGCCCCGGGGCCGCCGGACACGGCCAAGCGCGACUACCUGGUGGACGCAGCCACGCAGAUCCGGCUGGCCCUGGAGCGCGACGUCAGCGAGGACUACGAGGCCGCCUUCAACCACUACCAGAACAGCGUGGACGUCCUGCUGCGCGGCGUGCACGUUGACCCCAACAAGGAGCGGUGUGAGGCUGUGAAGCUGAAAAUCACCAAGUACCUGCGGCGGGCGGAGGAGAUCUUCAACUGCCACCUGCAGCGGAGCCUGGGCGGCGGGGCCAGCCCUGGCGCGGGUUUCAGCAGCCUUCGGCUCCGGCCCAUCCGCACGCUGAGCUCGGCCCUGGAGCAGCUGAGGGGCUGCCGGGUGGUCGGGGUCAUCGAGAAGGUGCAGCUGGUCCAGGACCCGGCGACCGGAGGGACCUUCGUGGUGAAGAGCCUGUCCAGGUGUCCCACGGCGAGCCAGGAGCGGCUGACCAUCAUCCCGCACGGCGUCCCCUACAUGACCAAGCUGCUGCGGUACUUCGUCAGCGAGGACUCCAUCUUCCUGCACCUGGAGCAUGUGCCAGGAGGCACGCUCUGGUCCCACCUGCGCUCCCAGGCCCGCCCCCAGCAGGCCGGGCCCAAGCCUGGCUCCAGCCGGGAGAGGAGGAAGGCUCAGCUCAACCCCCGCCUCAGCAUCCGGCCCCCAACGUCGCUGCCCGCUGGCCACACCUGCCUGCAGGACCCAGUGCCCCUGGACUCUCCCUGGACUUGCCGGAGCUUCGCCCCAGCCAGGCAGGUGCCGCCCGUCGGACCCCAGCGAGAGGCUGAAGGUGCGCCCUCAGCCAGGACCAGCACCCCCUGCUCCUCCUCCUGCUCCUCGGACCCUCCGAAGGCUCCCGGUGGCCGCCUGCGCCUCCCGGCCCGGAGAGAACCUGGCCGGAACUCAGACACUGGGUCCCCCUGGGGGCUCUCUUGGGUCCGCGAGGGGGCGGGCCGGGUGCUGGGGGGCUGUGGCCGCAGCAGAGGUCCCAGCUGCCCCUCCGCGGACACGGCCGGCCGGGGGCCCGGCGGGGGCGCCUGGAGCGUGAGGGAAGAGCAGGCCAAGCAGUGGGCGGCGGAGCUGCUGGUGGCCCUGGAGGCGCUGCACCAGCAGGGGGUGCUGUGCCGGGACCUCAACCCCCGGAACUUGCUCCUGGACCAGGCAGGUCACAUUCGGCUCACGUACUUCGGCCAGUGGUCCGAGGUGGAGCCCCAGUGCUGCAGAGAGGCUGUGGACAACCUCUACAGUGCCCCAGAGGUGGGUGGCAUUUCCGAGCUGACGGAAGCCUGUGACUGGUGGAGCUUUGGGUCUCUGCUGUAUGAGCUGCUGACUGGCACGGCCCUCUCCCAGAGCCACCCCUCAGGAAUCCAGCCCCACACCCAGCUCCAGCUGCCCGAGUGGCUCAGUCGCCCAGCUGCCUCCCUGCUGACUGAGCUACUGCAGUUCGAUGCCAGCAGGCGCCUGGGAACCGGAGGGGGUGGUGUCAACAGGCUCAAGACCCACCCCUUUUUCAGUACCAUCCAGUGGAGCAAGCUGGUGGGGUAAGAGAGGGCGGAGUGGGCGAUGGAGGCAGCUGGACUGGCCUGGAUCUCCUCUCUUCUCUUCGUCUGCCAUCCUGCCGCUCUGAGCUGACCCUAAUCCUGUCACUCUGAUCAGUGGCCUCUGCAAGGAAGGCGGGUCAGCCGCCUCUCCUGCUCUGCUCUGUUCCCUCCUGUGGGCCAUCGUCGCUGCUGCCCAGGAGGGGCCUAGGGAGUCCUCCGCCAGCUCUUGGAGGAACCCUUUCUAGUCACUGCUGAGGGGAAGGGACAGGUCAGAGCUCACCCUGCUAGGUGGCUUGGGCCCCUCCCUCCACCCAUCGGUCCACAGAGACCUGUGGAGCACACACCCUGAGCCUUGAACACGGACCUACCCCGUUCAAAGGGUGCCUUCUGUCACAUUCGCUCCGAAGUACUCACCACUUGCUGAGCUAACCUUGAGGUUUUGUUAUUCGCUACCUGCCGUGUUGUGCCCUACUUGGGGCAUCCCUGGAGACUUAUCUCAGGAUACUGGUCCACUGGCUUAGUGGGCUCAAGUUAGGGCUGCCCUGGUUGAUACCUUAGCCACGUAAAUAGUGGCCUCUUCUCUCAGACUCCUCCUGCAGGGGGUGGGGAGGCCGGGGGCGCAGGGAAGACGUCUGCUGUGAGCAGGCAGUGAGGUGGGGAACAGGGUGACCCACUCCCCCUCCUGACCAUGCCCCUGUCUUGCAGUUUCAGACUCUGAAAAGGAAGAGGGGUGUGGGGGAGGGAACAGGGAUUAGGAGGAGGGGAGAGGGCACCUUUGCCAAUUAGAGCAAUUUUGGAAGCAGAGAAAGAUCUCCCCUCCCCAGGGUGGAGAGAAAGGGGAGCCUGCCCCAUGGGUCUGAGAGACCACAGUUAGCCUCCAGUGGGAAGCUGCUAAGAUAAGCCGGACUCAUUAGGAUUCCCUUCUCAGGCAUUGGUCCUAUUUACCAUUUCGCAUUUUAGUCUUGAGGGUCCACUCAAUUCAUUGCCUACUGUGACUUCAUCCCCUUUUGAAAUGAAUCACAACACAGAGAAUGGUUGCCCAGGCUUAGCCAGAAGCAAGAUGUUUCUGGUCUCUGAAGAACUGGGAUAAGUAGUUACCCCAAAUACAAUUCCCUCCUCAGGUUUGGGGGCUUUUUCUUCUCAGGACUCAUCCUGUCACUGGGGUGUGGCAAC